UACAUAGAUCCAACCGACUGAACGCGGCCAAGUUGAUCUCCCAAGGCGGCAUAAAUAAUCACAGUCACAUUAAUGUUGUUCUAACCUCAAAUUUACACGCCUUCACUUCGAUAACACUAACGUAUAAUGGCUAAAACCUCUUUGCAGCCUCGAAUUGUCAAACCAAAAUUAAACACAAACAUUAAGAAGAAGAAGUUACUUCAAAGUGCUUCAAAAGCAGGAAAGAGUUUGAAGAUUUUGGUCCCCAAGCAAACGAAGGAGCCAAAAACAGAUCGGGAACCUCUAAAAAAAGUACCACCUCCCCUUAUUGCCAAGGAUGAAGAACCUCGCAAUUAUGUUAAGCUUUUCAAGUUUCCAUUCGACAAAAAGCAAAUUUUCCAAGGUGUUAUCGCUUUAUUUAAGGUACUAAAGAAGGUACAAACGAAACAGGAGCUAUUUGACGAAGCACAAGAAAUUUAUUUGCAAGUGACCUGUGUGAAAAUCCCACAAACACCAACGCGACUUCUUCGUUUUAAUUUAAAACACGGCUUACUGACCGACACUGGUGACAUUUGCCUAAUAGUAGCGGACAAGGGAGUUAAAAAAGAUCAUGAUAGUACCAUAGAAUAUUACGAGACCAUUCUAAGUAAACAUGGUAUUACGAACAUUAAGACAAUUCUACCAUUUAACCAGUUUAAGUCGGAGUAUGGAAUGCAAUACGAGUUGAAAAGGAAACUCUUGGGUUUGUACGAUCAUUUCCUGGUCGACUCGAAAGUCGGCGGUAAGGUUACGCACUUGUUGGGGUCGAUAUUUUACCAACAUAGGAAAAUGCCAACAACAGUUAAAAUGGAUCAUCCGAAUUUAAAACAGCAUUUUGAGAACGCCACAAGGACAACAAUUAUGAAGAUGCACUCGAAAGGCGAUUCUUACAAUCUUCAAGUGGGCCACACGGAAAUGACUAAGAGGCAUAUCUAUGAAAAUAUAAUGGGGGUUUUGGAAGAUUUUCGAUUGCAUUUUCCAGGUGGUUUGGAAAAUGUGAGAGGUCUUGGUGUCAAAAUGGCUAGAAGCAUUACAAUUCCGGUCUAUUUAACGCUAAAAAAUAAAAGCGCCGUACCUGUGCCACACUGGGAACGACCACGGCCCAAAAAUUAUAAAACGGCCGAAGGAGAAUUAUCUACAGAAUUGGACACCGUCGUGUACGUUACUCCUGAAGGAAAAGUUAGGGUGAAGAGAAAUAAAAUAAAGGAGCAAACAGAUGAAGUCACCAAAGAGUUAGAAAAUGCUGAACAGUAUGAGGAUGAUAUUGAAACAGAUCGAAGCGACGUGAAAAAAGAGGAGCAGGAACAAAACUCUGAUGAAGAUAAUGAUGAUUUGAUGAAAGCAGAGGAAGAGUAUUUGGUAAAUUAUGAACACGAACAAGAAGACGACACAAAAAAAAAUCAAAAGAAAAAAGCAAAGAAGGAGAAGAAAGUUAAAAAGUAAAUUUUUCAUUUGUUUGUUUUAUUUACAUUUGUUUUAAUUGAAUAAAGUACAUUUUCUAUUUUA